UUUCACUUCAUUUUGACUGGGGGGAGGGGAGUGGAACGAGUUGCUGACCAACUAAUUUCUUAAUAUUUGCUACAUAUUCUCCAAGUUUUGUGUGUGCAGUUGGGAAAAAAAGUUUGGUUAAGGGGAGUUUAAAUUUAUGCAAAAAUUUCCAUUUUCACGCUGGUUAAUAUGUGACAGUAAGAAAUUAAGAAGUGAGUGUGGUUUGGGAAAAUUUCAAAAUUUCUUGAAGAAUUUGGGUUGUUAGCAGCACAUUUCUCGUGUCAUCAUGAUGAGGGUGACCCUUCUGCUGGUGGUGGUGGUGUCAUCGUCGAGAAACAUUUUUUCGACAGGAUUGCCCAACAAAUUCGUCCUGCCCAACAUCACGAGUGACGAGAUUCGAGCGGCCCUCGCCAAAGGGGAGGAAGCCGUGAGGGAGCGGUUUGAAAAGUUUCAGCCUCAAAUAUACAAAGGAGGCGCUUAUCAUCUCCCCAACUCACCUCCAUGGUUUAUGUCCGUGUCUCACAAGGCGACCCAUGUAGCCGAUAAUGUCACCUGGAUUGCACUCUUGUCGGAAGAAGCGACACAAAUUAUUGCUCACAAGCAUCAACUGAGUCGCGAGCAGAUCGUGUACUCUCUGCCCAGUUUGGACGUACGGAAUACGACGUUGGAGACCGAGUGCCCGGUCAAAGUCGACUUUCCCUGUCAGGCGAGAAAGUACAGGGCCUUCUCAGGCUUCUGCAAUAAUGUGCAGCAUCCACGAUGGGGGGCGAGCAAUGGGCGCUAUUUGAGAUAUUUAAUGCCUGACUAUGCAGAUGGCGUGAGUUCAUCCCGGAUGUCAAUGUCGUCCGAUUUCCUGCCCUCCGCGCGUCUCGUCUCGCUCCUCGUGCAUUCCGACUCUGACAAACCACACCCUCAUCUCAUGGCUCUCACCGCUUUGUGGGCUGAGCUCGUCGCGAAGGACGUUUCCCACACCGCCCAGUUCUCUGGCUUCAACCGAUCCGCCAUAAAAUGUUGUGGCGUCACCUUUGCCAACUUCCACUCGGACUGUUACCCCAUCCGGAUUGAUGUGGAGGACCCAUUCUACUCGAAAUUGGGGGGUGACAACUGUCAAGAAUAUGUCAGGUCGAGCGUCGUGCCAAGAAAUGGGUGCACACUGGGUCCACGCGAGCAGAUCAACCAAGUUUCCAGCUUCCUGGACGGGUCAUUUCUCUACGGAUCCAGCCGCAGUGACAUCGAAGAAUUACGCCUUUUCCAAAAUGGCCUGCUCCGCACGCAGGUUGGACCAGGGGGGGAAUUGCUGCCUCCAAACAAAAAUUUGGCCUCGUGUCGACAGAGUGAAGAUAACUUCAAAUGUUUCAAGUCCGGUGACGCCCGAGUUAACGAGCACAUCGGCCUCGCCAUUAUGCAAACGUUAUGGAUGCGAGAACACAACCGCGUGGCGAGAGAACUCUCAAAUUUGGGAGGCGAUUGGAGUGACGAAAUCUUAUUUCAGGAAGCAAGACGCAUCGUUACGGCGGAAAUCCAGCACGUCACGUACUCCGAGUUCCUUCCUGUUAUUCUAGGUCAAGAGUUAGUCGAAAAGUAUGACCUACGCCCUAUGUCGACCGGGUAUUAUUCGGGGUACGACAUCGGUACAAAUGCCGGAGUUUUGAACGGUGUCGCGACAGCAGCGUUGUGGUUUUUCGCUUCACUGGUUCCCAAAGUCAUGCCGUUUUAUGAUUCGAUUGGGAGAAAGGUAGACGAGAAGGCGAUCUCUGAUACGUUCUACGCCCCUUUCGACCUGUACAGAAAUGGGGUGUUGGAUCAAAUCCUGCGUGGCCUCUUGAGAGGGAAGGCUCAAAGUGAAGACCAGUUUAUCAACGAUGUCAUGACAAAUAGGAUGUUUGAAGAUCCAGAUACCGGUCUUGGGUUGGACUUGGCAGCACAACUAAUUCAACAAGGUCGAGACCACGGAAUUCCUGGUUAUGUUUUCUACAGGGAGUUAUGCGGGUUGGGAAAAGUCUCGAAUUUCUCAGAGUUACGGGGAACCAUGUCAAACCAAGUUAUUGCCUCGCUCAGCAUCUUGUACAAAGUUCCCGAGGACGUGGAUCUAUUUACGGGAGGACUUGCCGAGUAUACGAUCGAGGGGGGUGUGGUUGGCCCCACUUUUGGAUGUCUGUUAGGAAUUCAGUUUCAAAAGUUACGGAAAGGGGAUAGAUUCUGGUAUGAGAAUGACCUCCCUCCCUCCGCCUUUAGUCCAGAACAAUUGCAAGAAAUCCGGAAAACAACGCUGGCGCGGAUAAUUUGCGACAAUAGUAACUCUGUGAACCAAGUCCAGCCCAACGUGUUCCUCGAUAGGAACCCAUUUCUAAAUGCUCCCAUGCACUGCGAGGGAGAUGCCAUCAGACACAUUGAUCUCAAAAAGUGGAGCAAUGAGAUGCCCCCUCAAUCCAGGUCGUCCAAGUCGUCCCUACCAAAUUCUCAACUUUCUCAAGCCAUCCAACAAGCUCGCAGUGAUAUCGUCCUCUUCCACUCAAGGGAGAUGGAUCUCUGGAAAAAUGCGUCCAACGUCGACCCUCUGUCUCCCAUCGGAACCGCGUCAGGUUUCAAUAAGGCGAAGAAUCAAGCCCUCGAAAUCGCGAAUGCUUCCUUCCUCCUCCAAUUCGCCACGGAACGAUUCCUCUCCGAAGUUGGUGGGAGCAUUUCACUUCAAGACAGCGAAGGCUCGCCGGACGGGGGGACCUCUGGGUCACGAAACCUUCGCCAAAUCCUAAACUCAUUGCAGUCCAUUGACGUUGGAGCGUUGACGGAGCUGCCGAAAAAUCAGCGUUGCAGCGAACACGACUUGCCGUGCGAUCACACCAACAUUUUCCGCUCGAUUACAGGAUGGUGCAAUAAUCUGCAAGAUCCUAAGAGGGGAAAAGCCUUUGAAGCAUUUGUUCGUCUUUUGCCCCCCACGUAUGAUGAUGGUUUGAAGGAGCCCAGAAUUUUCUCUUCGGCCAUUCCUGGAAAACUCUUGCCGAGUGCGAGACUCGUCUCUAGCACGUUGCAUGACGACAUCAGCGUCCCCCACGUCCGUUACACCCUUCUCCUCAUGCAAUUCGCCCAACUCUUGGACCAUGACUUGACCCACACCCCCAUCAACAGAGGGUUUGACAACUCCAUCCUGAACUGUCACAGUUGUGACUCGAGAACCACUAGUCAUCCCGAAUGUUGGCCUAUCGUGAUUCCGCCCAGGGAUCCACACUUUCCACAAUUUAAUUCCUCCACUGGUCACCCGGUCUGUCUCCCCUUUACCAGAUCGCUACCUGGACAGUUAACGUUGGGCUACCGAGAACAACUCAACCAAGUGACGGCAUAUCUCGACGCCAGCUUUGUGUACGGUUCGGAUGUCUGCGAAGCAAGAAAGUUGCGUUCUUUUGAAGGUGGAAAACUGAACACGACGCGACACCCGGGUGGCGACGAGUACAAACCGCUUCUCCCUCAAACGCCAAGCCAUCCUGAGUGCAAGGCACCCUCCGGACUCUGUUUCGAAGCAGGUGACCUCCGCGCCUCGGAACAACCCGUUCUCGCUGUGAUCCAUACGAUCUGGCUUCGCGAGCACAACCGCAUCUCGUCCGCUUUGGCUGUACGGAAUCCGCAGUGGGGCGACGAGACCAUUUACCAACAUGCCCGGCGUAUCCUCUCCGCGACCACGCAGCACAUCACUUACGCCGAGUUCCUCCCCCGCGUUCUUGGCUGGGAUGUCGUCCACAAGUUCGGUCUCGACCUCCUCCCCGACGGAUACGCCACCACGUACCAACCCACCUGUAACCCCACCAUUUUCAAUGAAUUCGCCGCCGCAGCCUUCCGUUUCGGCCACAGCCUCCUUAAACCCUCCUUCAAACGGAUGUCGCCCUCGCUCCGCAUCCUGGAGCCGAGUGUCCAACUGCGUCACACCUUCUUCAAGCCGGACCUCCUUUUCAACGUGGGAAUAGUGGACGAGCUGCUGGUCGGCCUGGUGAACACGCCGAUGGAGACGUUGGACUCCUUCAUCACGGAGGAGGUGACGAACCACCUUUUCGAGGACAGGAAGCGACCCAUCUCCGGCAUGGACCUCGCUGCCCUCAACGUCCAAAGGGGACGAGACCACGGCGUCGCGUCCUACAACGAAUACCGAGCCGUGUGCAAUUUAACAAAAGCCGUGACAUUUGAUGAUUUACGGAAGGAAAUCCCACCCAGAUUGGUGCAAAAGUUUAAAAGGAUUUAUGCCAGUGUGGAUGACAUUGAUCUCUUUCCGGGAGGAUUGGCAGAGACUGCGGUGAUGGGAGGGAUAGUGGGUCCCACGUUCGCCUGCAUAAUCGCGAAGCAGUUUCACUCGCUUCGUCACUGUGACCGCUUCUGGUACGAGAAUGCCGAGCCGUUAACCCGCUUCACAACCAUGCAGCUGGCCGAGAUCCGAAAGUCCAGUCUGGCCAAGCUUCUCUGCGACAAUGGCGACGAAAUCAGAUCCAUUCAACGAUCCGCGUUGGACGUUCCCGACCAAUUUUUAAAUCCCCGCACGGAUUGUGCCUCCUUGCCAGCCUUGGAUUUCGACUGGUGGACUGAUCGGGUGGAGUGUAUCGUGAAAGGGAAGAGUAUUAAGGUCGGAGCUGCCCUCAGAGUGUCGCCCUGCGUCAUGUGUACUUGCACCAAGGAAGGGCCUCUCUGUCAGUCCAUGAAGAUCAACAACUGCGUCCGUCUCUCGCGUUUGUACGAAGCCAGGGAACUGGUGGAAGAUCACGUAUGCAAAGUGCAGUGCGCCCUCGUCUUCAAAGUCUUCCCCACGACGACGAAUAAUACGACGCGAGAAAUUGGGAAUAAUACGCUCUAAAAUUCUGACUUUUUCUAAAUUUCAUCUCCGAUAUGGUGGUGGUUGCUCAGCAGUUAUAUAUAUUUUUUACCCAGUAUUCAUUAACGGGGAAAGCGGAGAAAGUUAGUUAAUGGGAAUGUGGACACCAGAAAUUUUGUACGCAUUUACGAAUUUUGUAUUUGUCCGACAUAUGAAACUGCAUUUAUUUUUAGGAUAUUAAACUCAGUAUGGUAACAAUUACGACUUUUUUUAUAUGAUUAAUUUAUUCUGAUGUACUGUCAAAUGCUAGUGCCAUAAAUACGAAUUUUGCAGCCAUACGUACCUGAUAAUUACAUAUGUAUGAUGACUGAAUAAAAGAAUCGAUUUUGCCGAGAGAA